AUUUUGGCUUAUUUUAAACUUUGAUGAAAAUUUACAGAUUGAGCAAGAGCGGAUAGAUAAGAUUUGGCCAAAGCUUCGAGUACUUGCAAGAUCAUCUCCUACUGACAAACAUACACUGGUUAAAGGUAUAAUUGACAGCACUGUCUCAGAGCAACGCCAAGUUGUAGCUGUAACUGGUGAUGGUACGAAUGAUGGCCCAGCGCUAAAGAAAGCAGACGUUGGAUUUGCAAUGGGUAUUGCAGGAACUGAUGUAGCUAAAGAAGCAUCUGAUAUUAUCCUCACAGAUGACAACUUUACAAGCAUUGUUAAGGCUGUCAUGUGGGGAAGAAAUGUGUAUGACAGCAUCUCAAAAUUCCUUCAGUUCCAGCUUACUGUUAAUGUUGUAGCAGUGAUUGUUGCUUUUACUGGCGCUUGUAUCACUCAAGAUUCACCACUUAAGGCUGUGCAGAUGCUGUGGGUAAACCUCAUAAUGGAUACGCUCGCUUCCCUGGCUCUGGCAACGGAACCACCCACUGAGUCUCUCUUGCUUCGAAAACCUUAUGGUAGAAAUAAGCCUCUCAUCUCACGCACAAUGAUGAAGAAUAUUUUGGGUCAUGCAUUCUAUCAGCUCGUUGUAGUUUUUACACUCUUAUUUGCUGGAGAAAAGUUUUUUGAUAUUGAUAGUGGAAGAAAUGCUCCUUUGCAUGCUCCUCCUUCAGAACAUUAUACUAUUGUUUUUAAUACCUUUGUGCUGAUGCAACUUUUCAAUGAAAUAAAUGCCCGGAAAAUUCAUGGUGAAAGAAAUGUAUUCGAAGGAAUCUUUAAUAAUGCCAUCUUCUGCACAAUUGUUUUAGGCACCUUUGUGGUACAG